CACCACCUCCUCCUGCAUCACCGCCAGUCCUUCCCCCCACAUCUUCAUUACCACCACAGCAGUCGCCCCUUCCGCCUCCCCCUCCUUCGCCGCCACCAGCUCCAUUUGCCCCUCCCUCGCCUCACUUCCCCAUCGCUACCACGGAUACCCAAACUCGAUCGGUGCCGACCCCGGCUGUUGCCCUGCCUGCCAGCCCCGGUAAUGUCGCAUCCGAUACUUCAAACAUGAACACCAUCGUUGUGGCGGCCUCGAUCGUGGGUGGCAGCAUCCUCCUCGUCGGCUUGAUUGUUGUUUGCUUCAGGAACAAUCGAAAGCCUGCUCAGGCGUACCAAGCCGACAUCGUUACCCCGGCUGAAGUCGACCGGAUUGUCGUUGAUGCUCCGCAACACGAAGCAAACCUGGCUCGGGAUUCAGAGAAGCGCCAGGCCGCCUUCCGCCACUCUGACAUUCCAUCCUCGGCUCAGGGCACCUCUCGGGUCGGGACAUCCGAUCGCAGUGCGCCAGGGAAGACAGCUUCAUCAACCAGCUUCCCGGCCCCGGUUGCCUCGGGAGCAAUCACCACUUCACAGCCCCAUCCCAUCGACGCCCCACCGCCGUACGCUGCGGUGCCAUCAUCGCCAGCGACAUCGACUUUGACCGUCGGCCGCUCGCCCUCCCUCACCUCCGCCGCCACCCCAACACCCAGACCGCAGUCGCUGAUUUACCUCCCCAGGCUCGAUUUUCGCGAGGUCAUCUGCACGCGACCCGCCGAGCAGCCCGACGAGCUUUCCAUUGUGAUGCAUCAGCGACUGGUGGUGCUUCAAGAGCUGCCGGACCAGUGGGGUCUGGCCGAGUGCGAGACGGGGCAGCGAGGCUAUGUUCCUCUGAACCAUCUCAAGAAGUUCUAAGCAAGAGCACUCUGAUGCACGGACGGAUGGCUGGGCCCGCGCCUCAUGCGAGUGGAAUGUGGCGACUAAAUAUUUCCAAAAUGCUUCACUGUGCGUUUGGGUUGCUGGGUAUUCGCUCCGUUCUGUAUCCGCCUCAUACUCCAUUCGUGUAUUCUAUGUUGUAUCGUAAACGUUAUUCAUGGCUUCUAUGAAUGUAUCGUCCGCCAAAUGACGCCGUUGUCGGUAAUUCGGGAACAGGAGUUGAUUGGUUGCUGUUACGGAUGCUGACCCAGACUUGCCAGUCAUCCUGAGCAGAUGCUCUCACCGUCGCUGUUACAGGCAAUCCAAUAAAAAACGGGACACCCGGG